ACAUUACACAUCAGAGACUGUCCUUAGGAUUUUACAGCAUUUUGAUCAGGCUCAUUAUUCAUUAUUGACUCUAAGGUUGCAGUUAUGUUAGAAAAAGCACUGUCAUAUUUUCUCUAUCUAUAUGGUUUGCUGUAUCAGGCCAUCGUUCCCUGCUCAUUUCCUGAACUGCUGCCUGUCAACACUGUUAACCGUCAGCAGUAUCUGGGGAAAUGGUACUUUAAAGCAGCAGUCAGCCAUAGAGAGGCUGACAUCCAGAAGUUCAAAGCACUGGACAACAUUUUGUUCAGCAUUGAAGAGACAGCCAAUAACACACUGCUGUUGACCGGAUUUAUGCGCAUGGGAGAUAACUGCAUAAACAAGAACUGGACCUAUCAUCUACAUCCUGAAAGGGAAGAUAUGGAACUGGAGGGAAAGCCCGAGCGGAAGAACUUGCUCUGGACUGGCAAGUGGGCCAAUUGCGCCAACUGCAUCAUUUUUCAGGAAGUGGAGCCACCUCUAAAGGAAACAGACACUGUCGAUUCCCUCAACAGAUUUAUGCUAUAUGCUCGGCAGAGUGAUGUGGACUCUGAGGUGGUGACAACAUUUCUGAAAAAUUCAGCUUGUCAAAACAUGUUGGCAAGUGUCAAACUGCCUCAAUCAAAAGAGUUUUGCGCCUAAACAUUUACACUGAGGAUGUUGCAGGGGUCUUGGACACCUGGGAAAAUAACACAUUUAUUUCUUGUUUUCCCUGAGUAACAGUGAAAUAAAUAAAGCAAAAAUACAUUAAUUUUCCCCCUCUUG